AUGAAGACCGCACUAAUUACGGGAGCGAAUCGCGGCUUAGGACUCGGAAUGGUGAAAUAUUUAACUAAACAUAAUAAAGCCGAGAAUAUAUUCGCGACAUGCCGACGACAGUCUGAGGAGUUAACUCAAAUUUCACAAGAACACAAAAAUCUUCACAUAUUACAUUUAGAUGUUACAGAUAUGAAACAAAUUACUGAUGUGGCAUCACAAAUGACAAAAAUUAUAGGAGAUCGAGGUUUGAACCUCUUAAUAAAUAAUGCUGGUGUUUCUACAAAAUUUACAAAGUUGGGAUUAGUGAAAGCAGAACAGUUGCUCGAGAAUCUAAACGUGAACGCUAUUGCUCCUAUUAUGCUAACAAAGGCUCUACUCCCUUUACUGAAACAAGCAUCUGAAGCUAACUGUGAUAAACCGAUGGGUUCGCAGCGUGCGGCUGUCAUCAACAUGAGUUCUAUAUUAGGAUCCAUUGCACAAAACGAUCAAGGCGGCUUUUAUCCAUACAGAUGUUCAAAGGCAGCAUUAAACGCAGCAAGUAAAUCAAUGAGUAUAGACUUGAAAAAGGAUCAAAUCGUCGUAGUGUCCAUGCAUCCAGGGUGGGUGAAAACUGAAAUGGGUGGCAAGAAUGCUCCACUGGAUGUCGAGACUAGUGUAACGGGUAUAUUCGACACCAUUGAGAAACUUCGACAAGAAGAUACUGGGAAAUUUUUUCAAUAUAAUGGCUCUGAGUUGCCAUGG